AUGAUCGUUGGUGAUACCGUUCAUAGGAAGAUGGUCUUCCACCAAAGGGUGAAAGACUUCGCGAUACCAUUCAAGAAGAGAAUAAAAAGUUUAACAUAUACAGAUCCGGAAAAUAGGAAAAUAAAAGGAGUAGCAGUAAUAGACAAUGACUUUUCUCACGCAAGCGCAAACAUCACCGCUGGUGGUGUAGGGCAGUCUUACGUGACAGUGAGAAUGAAGAGUCAAAGGCACCACCCAUUGAACUUUGAAGUGGAGAUUUAUGUUUAA